AUGGCUACCAAAAUGGAAAACAAAUCUUUUGAAAAAGACAAAAAAGAUGCUGACUACUUUCCGUACGAUCCAGAGCUGACAGAUCUAACUCUCAAUGUGGAAGAAAAGAAAAUACAUGUAAUCAAAGCUGUGCUGAUGGAUGCAUCACCGGUAUUUAAAAAAAUGCUCACCGACGACUUAAAAGAAAAGAAUACAACAGAAGUUCAUCUUCCUGGAAAGGAAUAUUCCAUUUUCGUUUUGUUUCUGAGAUGUAUUUUCCCGAGAGAACGUGUUACUCUUUCAGAAAGAAGUAUUGCAGAUCUUUUGCCACUAGCACAUGAGUACGAUGUGAAAUGCAUUUUAAUGGAGUGUGAAACAUGGCUAUUAACUGAACUUGAGUUCAAGAAAGCGAAAGUAGGAAACCAU